AUGUCAGAGCUUAUUGAUAACCUUAGCCCGGAAAUCAUUGCAAUAAUUGCUCAAUAUAUUGAAAGCAAAGACUUCUUCAACCUUCGCCUAAGUAGUCUAUACCUGAGAGACAGCACCUUCGCUCUCUUCCUCAAGCUCUACUUCCGCACGCGGACCCACAUGCUAAGCCGACACAGCCUUAUGAAUCUACUCGACAUAUCGCAUCAUCCAAUUUUCGGUCCUUCAAUACGAUCUGUGGUCAUCACCACCAACCACUUGACCCCGGAUGGACUUUCAGAUGAUCCCUAUCUCCAAAGCCGAGCGGAGCGGAAUGUCUCCCCUCCGAUUAAUAAAAAGAGCUAUCGUGAAUAUUACAUACAACAAAAUUCCUUCCGACAAUCAGGCCUGGACACAACAUAUUUAUCAGAGAUACUAGCGAAUGCGGUCCAUUGUCGAACUCUGGCCCUGGCUGACCACGAUCAACCCUGGGGAGCUGCAUUUCUACAAAGAGAAACGGGAGUCUACCCGACCUCAAGUAUGGAAAAGGAAUACAGCAAGAUCUACAUUCAACAAGUGACUCAUGUAAUCAUUGCCGCUGCAACUGCCAGCGGGGCCUUAAUAGAGACAUUCGAAUUGGAUGUUGGACUUGGACGAGCGAUGAAUCCAAGCGUGCUCAGAUUCCCUGAGCUUCACCGAAUACAACUCCCAUGGGCUGGGACACUCACUUCAUUGCAGCUCUUGAUGGGUGCGGAUCAUGAUGAAGAUCCACAUGUUUGGUCUAAGCCUCUCGUCGAUUUUAUCUUGCUCUUUCCUCGAUUAGAGGUACUCGAUCUGUAUUUCGAUACACGUCUACAGCGAACGGGAUUCCAGGCGCUCAGUCACGCAUUGGAUCUACCAAAUCUUCGAGUUUUACGUCUUGGCGGCUUUGACUGUCUUUCAGAUGACCUGGUAUUGCUUUUCGACAUGCACCAAAACACGUUGAGAGAAAUUGUGUUAAACAACGUUGGUAUUAAUACAAAACCAGAAGGAUCGUGGCAGAAGUUGGUGACUAUGCUUGGCGACCAGCUUCAAAUCACGAGGUUGGAAAUUAUGGGAUGCUAUGUGGAUGGACAUUUGAUAUGUCUCCAAAAGAGUGAUAUUAGCUUGUCAACGCGAUGA